CUUGGGAGGUCUUCGUGACCUCGAAUUAAACCAAAAAUGGGCAGCAAACGUAAACGCACGGCGCACGAUGCUUCUGCGGGCGCACCUGAUCCCAAGAAACAACAGAAGAAUAUCGAAACGACGUCGUCAAAAUCAUCCUCGAAACCUUCGACCGUACCAACUCCUCUCGAUACCUCUGCGUUCGUCGACAACCCGAAAGGCGCAGUUCUGAAAAGAGAAGUUCAACUUUAUGAUAUUCUAAGCAGCGAAGAUAGUUCGGAACGACUUAAUGCCGCCAAUGCCAUUGUUGAGGGUUUGCUGGGAGGGAAUGGUGUGGCAGAGUCAACGCUGCAGCGACAUCUUGAGCGAAGAUUGUUUCGCGGACUGGCAAGUGGCAGGAAGGGUGCGAGAUUGGGGUUCAGCGUUGUUCUGACAGAACUAUUGGCACAGCUGUUGGGCGAGAAGGAUCUUGCAGCCCAGAAGUACACGGGCUUGACGUUCGAAAAAGUCCUUGGGUUUCUGGUUGCGAAGACGAAACCAGACGGAGACCUUAGCGGGCAGGAAGAGAAAGACCAUUUCCUAGGGUUGUUAUUUGGUCUACAAAGUUUUGUGCGAGCGAAGGUCCUGUUUGGAGACGGUGAGGACGACAAUCGAUGGGACACUAUUCUGGGAAAGUUAUUGGAGCUCGCAAAGAAGAAACCAUGGAUUCGAGAGGAAUGUGGCUGGGUCAUUGUCGAAGCGCUUGCGCAAAUGAACCAGAGCCAAGCAGAACAUACUUUGGAAUCAUUACAUGAUACUGGACUGGCGCAGUCUCCUGAGGGCGUUGGCAUUUGGCUCACGGCAAAGAAUCACUUUUCAGACAUGAAGUUUCCUACUAAGCCCUGGGGUCAAAGCGGAAAUCCACUGGAACAUCUGAAAUCUCUUGCAAAGGCAUUGAAGGAGAGCUCGAAUGAGGAUGAGUCGGACAAGACCAAGCAAGCAAAACAAACUGGCAAUUGGAACCCACAGCUCCACUUUGUGUGGAAGGUUGUGUUGGCACAGUAUGCAGCUGCAGCGAAAGAGAAGAAGCAUGGUAUAAAGUCGGAGUUUGAGAACUUCUGGAAAGUGGCUGUAGAUGAAAAUCUCUUCUCUGCGAGUGCCUCCAGAGAGCGCAAAUUCUGGGGAUUUUUACUCUUCCAGCAUGUUCUCCAAGAAUCGGCAACAUACGGCAAACUCAUCUCGAGUAUCUUUAGCCACAAUCUUGUGCGCUGUUUGAUCAAUCACGUUCAGGAGAAGGAUCGAUUCCUGAAUCGUGCGGCAGACAAGUCCUUGAAAAUUCUGAUUCGGAGUGUGGAGACUGACCCGAAACUUCUUGUUAUCAUCCUUCCGCGUAUUAUUGGAGGAUAUGGAACCUACAAUUUCGAUAAGAUCACGAAGACCAAGACCGUUGAGAAGCUGUUAGGUUUGACGGACGAUAAAAAUGCAAUUGCUGUGAUCAAGGCGCUACUGGAACCAGCUUUGUCUGUUGACGGAGCCGACCCCGAAGUCAACAAGGAAGCAGAAAUGCGGCGACAGCUCCUUGGUGACUACUUGCUGAAUAUGAUUCGUAAAGUCAAUGUCCUGGACGAAUCUAAAGACAUCUCUUGGAUUGAAGAACAAGCACUGCCAUUACUUGCAAAAUUCGGAUAUGGCCAAGAAUCCGAAUUUCAGCCAUCAUUGUCUGGCAAGACCCGAACGAUUUUUCGCAAUCGACUCACGUCAGCCUUCGCUCAUCUCCUGGCUGAUUUGAAAGGAUAUUCAUUUCCGUGCAAUCUACUUCAUAGCUUUUCCCCGGAUGCCGUGGAAAUGGACAAUGGCAUAGUUGGUGCCAAAGACCAAGCGAUUUCCACCUUGGAGAAGAUUCUUAUGAAGAUCGAGAAAGCAAAGCCUGAGAAGAAGGCACCGCUACAGGCAUUGACUCUCUUGUACUCUCUGGUCAUCUUCCAGCUUUACAAUGGUGAGCCUGAAGCAGUAACUAUCCUCGAGGAACUGAAACACUGCUACGACAAACUCAUCCGCCACAAGGAUACCGAGAGUUCUGAUGCAGAUGCUUCGGAAGUACUAGUAGAGCUUCUGCUCUCAUUUAUCUCGAAGCCAUCAGCAUUACUGCGAAAAGUAACGCAACAUGUGUUCGGUGCAUUUAUGACAGAGAUGACAGCCGGUGGCUUGAAACUUAUGACCGAUGUCCUCGAACCUGAUGAGAGUUUGAGAGGCCAGCAACAAUUAUUUGAUCAAGAACCAGAGGAUGGAGAUUUUAUGGAGGAAGGCAGUGAUGAUGAGUUAGAUUCAGAUGUUAAGGUUGUGGAUAUGAACGGUGAUGAAGGACAUCUAAACAGCCACUUGGCCGAGGAAGACUCAGAAGACGGCGAUGAUGACGGGGAAGCCGAAUCAGACAACGAAGGAGAAGAUGACGAAGAAGCCAAAAAGCUCGACGAAGCUCUUGCCAAGGCCCUCGGGACUCGCGUUCUCCAACAAGGUGACGAAGAAUCAGACAGCGAUGCCGACAUGACCGACUCCGAAAUGAUGGCCCUCGACUCCAAGCUUGUGGAAAUCUUCUCUCAACGCAAGAAAGUCCCAAACAAGAAACAAGAACAGAAAGACGCAAAGGAAACAGUGGUCAACUUCAAGUCCCGCGUUCUCGACCUCUUGGAGAUCUACGUUAAGAAGCAAGCCGCUAAUCACUUGGCGUUCAACUUAUUGCUUCCGCUGUUGCAGUUGAUCCGCAUGACGAAAACGAAGCAGCUGGCGGAGAAAGCACACAACAUCAUCCUCGCUUUCUCCAAAGCCUCCCGAGCAGCCAAGAAGUCUGAGGAUGCGCUAUCGGUGAACAUCUCCGAGCAAACAAAACUCCUGAAAGCCAUCCACCUCGAAGCAUCGAAAGACCCAUCGCAUAUGUUUGCUAAAGCAGCCAGCAGCGCAAGCCUACUUGUUGCGUCAAGCAUGUACAAAGUUGAUAAGGGAAGCGUCAAGAAGAUUGCGGGUGUGUAUCGGGACAGCCAGGUUGCGUGGGUGGCGGGUGAGGUCAAGAUGCAGGCUGCGUUCUUUGUGGAGUGGGUCAAUUGGUGUCAGAGUCAUGCCAACCCAUCUAGCUCAUGAUCCGAAAGGAUCGCUGUAGAGAAAUAAAAUUCAUGAAUCUUGAUACCCA